CUAAUGCCAAUUGCCAAUUAAUUCAGCCCUGUUGCCAUCCUUCAUACAUAGACUUUUUCACAAUCACGUCAAUACCAACCAUCGCCAGCCUUUUCGCCUUUUCCAAGAUAACUCACCCCAAACAACCAGCAAACUCGUUCUAAUAUAUAAUAUAACUAAUUCAACGCUUGUCAAUUUGAACUUGGAAAAUGGCAGCAGAGCAAAGAAAGCUGCUUGAGCAGCUUAUGGGCGGACCACAAACAUCGCGCUCAUCCCAAGUCUCCCUAACCGACCCCAAAGUCUGCCGGUCCUACAUCGUCGGCACCUGUCCGCACGACUUAUUCACCAACACGAAACAAGAUCUCGGACCGUGUCCCAAGAUCCACGCCGAGUCGCUGAAGACCGAGUACGAAGGCUUACCCGAGCCCGCGCGCCAGAAGUACGGCUUUGAGAUCGACUAUGCUCGCGACCUACAGAAGUAUAUCGAAGAGUGCAACCGGCGUAUCGACGCCGCCCAGCGCCGCCUCGAGAAGACCCCCGACGAGAUCCGGCAGACUAACGUCCUGCUCAAAUCCAUUUCUGACCUGAACUCCACCAUAGACUGCGGCCUGCAGGAGGUGCAGAUCCUCGGCGAUCUAGGCGAAGUUAGCCGCGCGUAUGAGGAGUUCUUCAAGGUGCGCCAGGCGGCCCAGGCCAAGAUGGAGCGCGAACGCGAGCUCAAGACGCUGGCCGACACCAGCGGUCCGUCAGGUCACCAGAAACUCCAGGUGUGCGACGUGUGUGGCGCGUACCUUUCGAGACUAGAUAACGACCGUCGGUUGGCAGACCAUUUCUACGGCAAGAUGCACUUAGGUUACGCGCAGAUGCGGAAGACGUACGACUCCUUACCCAAGGAUAUCAGAGGACGUCCGCGUCCUUCGCUCCAAGACGACGGCCCCAUGCGGGACGAGGGCUACGGUGACGGUGGGUGGAAAGGAGGGCCUAGGGGCCCUAGACGUGGCGGAUAUGGAGGUAGGAGUGGCCGUGGUUUUCGUAGCGGAUGGUAAUACAACGGCGACAUCAAAGCAUGUGAAGGAGUUAUUGGCGUACGGGCUUCAGUGGCCAAAAUUAGACAUGAUAUCACUAUGGACAGGCGCACAUAAAAUACAAUACUUUGAUUGGUUCUUGAUAAUAGAAGCCUUCUGCUUUUAUUCCGUCUUUCUGGUAU